AUGGUGUACCAGCUGAAAGAAAAAUCACUUUUCCAAACUUCCAAAAAGUUCAAGGAGGCAGGCUUCGAGCAGUUCCGCGUGGCAGAAAAGGCUCAUGGGAGCUGGAUGAAGCUCUUCCUGGAGGGCAACACCUCUGAGGUGCUCAGCAACAUGGGCAAAAAGGUCCUGAAGCAGUAUGUGGAGGCCCUGGCUGCCAUGAGCUCGGCUCUCAGCAAACAGCUGGGCAAGUACGACAUGUACUCCAUGAUCGCAGGCAUGGUGUUUGUGUUCCAGCUCCUGCUGGUCUUACUGCUGGCUAUGCCCGAGGCUCUGAGCGGUGACGCAGCGGUGGAACUUCCUGUUCUCUCAGCUCUGCUCUCGCUGCCUUUCUACCUCAUGUGCCUGCUGCUCGCCUCAGUGCACGUCUUGGUGUGCACAUCUGCUGAGAGCUCCUGUUACUUCUGCAGCCUCUCCUGGGGACUCGUGUUCGCCGCCGUCGCCUUCUCCUCAGCAAUGUUUUGUAUUCUGGUCUCUCUGGUAACACGAAGACUCCCCCUGGAAGCGAGGAUUCACGGCAAGAAGGAGAACUCUCACUUCACCACGACUUCAAUCCGAGUACUGCAACUAAAGACGGAGGUGUGUUUGUUUGAAGUGUGGGACAUUCCCUGGCAGGGCACUUCCACUCUGCUCAAGCAGAAGUGCCAGCCUAAAGUUGAAGUUCAACAAGAAGAGACAAACAACAUCGUCGAUGCAUCAACCAGCCAGCCUCUGGAGGACUCUGUGGAGCUGUUGGGCCAGUUCAAAGAGUUCAUGGUCAAAUACAACAAGGACUACAGCAGCCAGGAGGAGGCAGAUUAUCGUCUGUUUGUCUUCCACGAGAACCUGAAGACCGCUGAGAAGCUGCAGACUUUAGACCAAGGCUCAGCCGAGUAUGGAGUCACCAAGUUCAGCGACCUGACUGAGGAAGAGUUCCAGUAUGCAUACUUGAACCCGCUACUGAGUCAAUGGAAUCUUCACCGACUAAUGAAACCGGCUCCUCCUGCCCGAGGUCCCGCCCCUGCCAGCUGGGAUUGGCGGGAUCACGGGGCUGUCAGUUCCAUCAAGAACCAGGGUAUGUGUGGAUCCUGCUGGGCAUUUUCUGUGACAGGCAACAUCGAAGGCCAGUGGUUCCUGAAAAAUGGAACGCUGCUGUCCCUCUCUGAACAAGAGCUGGUUGACUGUGAUGGGCUGGACCAGGCGUGCAAAGGAGGGCUGCCGUCCAACGCUUACGAAGCUAUAGAGAAGCUGGGUGGCCUGGAGACAGAGACAGACUACUCCUACACCGGCAAGAAGCAGAGCUGUGACUUCACCAGCAUGAAGGUGGCCGCCUACAUCAACAGCUCUGUGGAGCUGUCCAAGGACGAGAAGGACAUUGCAGCUUGGCUGGCUGAGAAUGGACCCGUCUCUGUUGCACUGAAUGCCUUCGCCAUGCAGUUCUACAGGAAGGGUGUGUCUCACCCUAUGAAGAUCUUCUGCAACUCCUGGAUGAUCGACCACGCUGUGCUGAUGGUGGGAUACGGAGAACGUAAAAAUAUCCCAUUCUGGGCCAUCAAAAACAGCUGGGGAGAGGAUUAUGGAGAGCAGGGUUACUACUACCUCUACAGGGGGUCCAAUGCGUGUGGGAUCAACCAGAUGUGCUCAUCUGCUGUCGUCAACUAAACCACCAACACCCAAUAUACACACACUCACACGCAAUUGAUCAAAAACACAUGAUGAUUACAACCACACACACACACACACACACACACACACACACACACACACACACACACACACACACACACACACACACGCACACACACACACACACUCACACACAAAGUCCUACUGAUGUUACUUUUCCGUUAAACCAAACUCACAUCUUCAUAUCUCAUACCUCAUACCUCACACCUCGUGUCAGUUUACUAAAAGUAUACCAGCUCUAAUAAAGCUAGCUUUUCUUAGGACUUUGAUCCUUCUUUUAAAGUAAAGUAUUUGUGCAGAUUUUAUUCCGUUUGCCCAGCAGGUCAUAGUGGUUGCUGUGUUGUAUGCAGUUUUGGUUUUUAACUCAUUUUUCCUCACAGUAACUGAUUUCUAGUUUGAUGAAGAGCGUGCAAUAUUGUAGUUAGUAUUCUGUAUUGUUUCUUUGAUGCAGUGCUCAUGCUAAUGCUAUUUAGUACUGGAGUUUUGAAAGAUGGGAGUUUUACCAUAUAUUGGUCUGCACAUAAUUAUGCUCCGAUCGUAACUGCAAUGAAAUUGUAAAAACUGCUGUAAGACAGUCACACUUGAAUGAAGGUUGAAUAAAAAAGUGUGGAAUCCAA